ACGUCCAAAAUUCUUUACUGCAUCCAACAACAGCUACACUGUAAUUCGAGCCUUCAAAAUGCCAGCACCCUUGAUCAUCCCUCAUCCAUCUCCAUCUUAUCCACAUGACAUCACCCAUCAUCAUCACAUACCCAUCGUCAUCCCAUCCAUACAAAGACCCAAAAACCCCACACUCCUCUCCUUCUUUUCUCCUCUCACCAACAAUCAAACCCAAUCCUCUACAACAUCCACACAUGCCAACUUCCAAACCCUGCUUCAUCGACCACCAACCUCACAUGACUAUGCCCAUGUCGUUGAAUCAUGCAUGUGCAUACAUAUGGCUAGACAGAUUCAUGCCCAUGCAUUCAAGACAGGCUUCCACGGACAUGAGUUCUUGGAAACAAAGCUGUUGCAAAUGUAUGGUAGGUGUGGGUGCAUUGAAAGUGCAUCCCUUCUGUUUGAGAAAAUGCCCUUUAGAAACAUAUACUCUUGGGCAGGUGCUCUGACCGUAUUUUCAGACCAUGGGUUGUUUGAGGAAGCGCUUCUACUGUUCAAACACAUGCAGGUUGAAGGGACUGAUUUUGAAUUCUUCAUUUUCCCUGUGGUUUUUAAGGCUUGUAGUGGUUUGGGUGAUUUGGGUUUGGGGAGACAGUUACAUGGAUUUGUAAUAAAGAGGCAGUUCGUUUCAAAUGUAUACGUGUGUAAUGCUCUGAUCGACAUGUAUGGGAAAUGUGGGUGUUUGUCUGGUGCAAAAAUGGUUUUUGAAAAGAUGCCAGAAAGAGAUUAUGUUUCAUGGAAUUCUAUUGUUACUGGGUGUGCAGUUAAUGGGAUGGUUUUUGAGGCAUUGGAAUUUUUAGAGAAGAUGCAGUCUUUGGGUAAUUUGAUGCCUAAUCUUGUGUCGUGGAGUGCAGCGAUUGGUGGGUUUGCACAAAAUGGGUAUGACGAGGAAGCCAUUGAGCUUUUCCAUGGAAUGCUGGCAGCUGGCAUUAAGCCGAACGCUCGGACAUUGGCUAGUGUAUUGCCAGCUUGUGCAAGACUACAAGCUCUAAGCAUGGGCAAGGAAAUUCAUGGCUAUAUAACGAGGCAAGAGUAUAUGUCCAAUGCUUUUGUCAUUAAUGGAUUGCUUGAUAUUUAUCGGAGGUGUGGUGAUAUGGGCAAUGCAUUGAUGAUCUUUUUGAAGUUUUCAAUUAGAAAUAGGGUGUCUUUCAAUACUAUGAUUGUUGGGUAUGGUGAGAACGGCGAGGUGAGUAAGGCUAAGGAACUGUUUGAUCAGAUGGAGCUGGUUGGGAUUGAUAAGGAUACGAUUUCGUGGAAUUCGAUGAUUUCUGGGUAUGUGGAUAACGGGCAGUUUGAUGAAGCCCUGAAGAUGUUUAGAGAUAUGCAGAUGGAGCAAGGGGUGGAAGCUGAUACUUAUACCUUGGGGAGUGCUCUUACUGCUUGUGCAGACAAGGCUGCUCUCAGGCAAGGGAAGGAGAUACAUUCGUAUGCAAUUGCUAGAGGACUUCAGUUGAAUGCAUUUGUGGGCGGUGCUCUUGUUGAGAUGUAUUCCAGAUGCCGUGAUCUACCGUCUGCUCAGAUGGCUUUUGAUGGAAUAAUGGAAAGGGAUUCAGCAGCAUGGAAUGCAUUGAUUUCUGGCUAUGCAUGCUGUAAUCACAUGGAGCACAUUGACAAGCUUCUUGAUAAGAUGAAAUCAGAUGGUUUGGAACCGAAUAUCUACACAUGGAACGGAAUUAUAACGGGCCACAUAGAGAAUGGGUACACUGAAUUGGCUCUGCAGCUGUUCUCUGAAAUGCAAUCUGCAAAUUUGAAGCCUGACAUAUAUACUGUAGGCAUGGUUCUACAUGCAUGCUCGAGCUUGGCAACAAUAGAACGGGGGAAACAACUUCAUGCACAUUCAAUCAGACAUGGGUAUGAGAUGUAUGUCCAUAUCGGGGCAACCCUCGUGGAUAUGUAUUCUAAAUGUGGAAGCAUCGAACAUGCACGCAUAGCAUUUGACAGGAUAUCUCACCAUAAUUUAGUUUCAAGAAACACCAUGCUUGCAGGAUAUGCCAUGCAUGGACGCGGGAAAGAAGGCGUUGCACUAUUCCAUCAAAUGCUGGUAGAUGGAAUUAGACCAGAUUCUGUUACUUUCCUAUCCGUUUUAUCGUUGUGUGCCCACUUAGGAUCGGUUGAAGAAGGUCAAGAGUACUUUGAUCUGAUGGCAAAUUAUGAUGUUAAACCUACCCUCAAACACUACACAUGUUUGGUCGAUCUGUUGAGCCGUGCAGGCUGUCUGAGUGAAGCAUACGAACUCAUCAAGAAAAUGCCGGUGAUGCCUGAUGCCGUAGUGUGGGGUUCUUUGCUUAGUGGCUGUGUUAUUCAUGGGAACGUUGGGUUGGGAGAAAUUGCAGCAAAUAGACUCAUUGAAUUGGAUUCUAGCAAUACAGGGAAUUUCGUUUUGCUGGCAAACUUAUAUGCUUCUACGGAGAGAUGGGAUGAUUUUUCUAAAACAAGGCAGCUAAUGAAAGACAGGGGAAUGCAAAAGAGCCCAGGUUGCAGUUGGAUUGAGGAUAAAGAUCAAAUUCAUGUAUUUCUUGCCAGUGAUAGAUCCCAUGAACAAACAGAUGAAAUCUACGCAGUGUUGGAGAGCUUGGCCUUGAAUAUGACAAAUGAAGUCUAUCCAUUUGGGAUACAUUUGAGUAGGGUCUGCAGCUGAGGGUGGACCUGCAUGUCUACAGGCCUGGUUGAGCUGAAAAAGGCGUUGAUGGCUCCUCGUUGCAAUGACCAUCACUCGUGCCAUGAUUAAGUGAUUGCUACUGAUCGGCGGCUCUCGUUGCCUUGAAAGGGUAGAAAAUGUGUGAAUGGUAAAAGGGCCUUCUACAAGUAUGCCUUGGAUGUGGACAACGAUCAUCAUCAUCAUCAUCUAAGCUUAAUAUCCAAAUUAAUGGGGGCAGCUCCAUGAAUCCUGUUCCCCCAUCCGCUCUAUCAAGGACCAUUUCUCAGUUAACCAUAAUUCAUGGUAUCCUUUCCUACCAUCUCCACCCACUUCCCUCUCAAAUGGCUAUGGCAUACAUAUGUGCGUUGCUGCCAUCAUCUUUUCUACACCAGGUUUUGCUAGCCCACACACUUUUAAACACCGCAUGCAUGCUACCUGGCUGGCAUGUUGUACAUCUGAACAUUGCAUAAGGUGGCCCCAACCAUGAAGAUGAAUAUAUGAAAAAAGAAAAUAAAUCAGGAUGGUCCAAUCAUCAAGUGGACUGCCCAUGCAGGGAUAAAAUGGACAGUUUGAAAGACUUGCCAAAGUCCAUAUUCAAAACAUGCGUGUGGCCCAUUUAAUGAGUAAACAAGUCCAAUUAUUUUGUAUGGCCAUCAUCCCAGUGCGAGCCACCUAAUGCACCUCCGGGACACUAGCGAGGUUGGCAAGGAUGCUUGCAUGAAACGGUGUGUGUGCAGAGAGGCGUUUGUGGGCCUAGCAAAUCAUCUUAAGAUGUUACUAGCUGUUUAGUUUGCAUGUAUAAAUAUGACGAACUGAAUCUCAUUGGCCAUACAUGAAAGGGUUUUGAUGGAUGUUUGUCAG